AUGUCCGACAACAAGAUGCGCCCUGAAGAUCUUCCCAUGUGGCUUCCCCUCCGAGAGGGGUGUGAAUGGGACUCGAUCUUCAACAUGCACGAGUGCUUCGACCCGGAGUACGACACGCUCCCACUUGUGCUUCUCCGACUGGCUUUCUGGGCUUUUGCAGUGAGCCCGCGGUUCCUGUGGUGGUUGCUGAUGCUCUACCACUUCCGGAGGCUGAUCAACACCUCCAGGGCCGUGGUGUUCCUGCAGUCCGUUACGGCGGCGGCCCUCUGCCUCAUCCCCUGGAUCUGGCAGAGCGACUACUCACGCCUGAGGUCGCAGACAGAGCCUUUUUUUGCCAAUUGUUGGCAGCUCUGGUUCCUCCUUUCCUCGCCAAACAUUUUGUUUUCGGCGUACCACCUCCCCGGAACCAUUCGGGACGGCAUAGUUCUCGCAAGAGACUAUGCCUACCGUUGCAUGGACCUGGAGAUUCUGUUCCCAGAGCCGGGUGAGGUGAACCUCGACGCUGAUCCCAGGGACACGGCUGGGGAAGCCUUCUUUAAGAAGCUCCUCACCGAGGACCGGGAGAGGCGUCGCAGGAAGGAGAGUGAGGAGCAAGCCACACGAGAGCACGAGUUGGCGAUGCGGGAGCGGGAACGGGAGGUGAGGGAGAGGGAGGUAGUAAGGCAGAAGGAGCUCGAGGAUCGACGCCGACAGCGAGAGAGGCGUGACGAGGCUGCCAGACAGGAGGAGCAGCGAAGGGGUUAUGACCCCGACGCUGCCUUCUCCGGUCUGGCGGCCAUCUUUCGUCGCACCGACCGUCGUUGGCGUCCUCGAGUUCCGGAACCUGAGCCCGAACUCGAACUCGCCAGGGUCAAGGUGCAAGAUCCUAGGUCGAAGGGUUCCCGAAAGGUCAUCGCGUUUUACAGCCGCGGUACCCAGACGGAGCCUCGAGACUUUCCCGGGGAGCGAGCAUCGGGCGAGGCAUCCUCAUCGAGGUAUACCUCAAACGGUGUUCAGACGGACUCGAUGACCGAGGAGAAGCAGCACAAGGCCCCUGCUUCCAAGCCACAGAAGAAGGCCGCUUCAUCUCCCGCAAGGGAUCCUCAACCUUCGAGACCGACUCCCACUCCUGCUCCAGAGUCUCCCAUGGUCAAGCAGACCGACGAAGAGCCCUCCGAGAGGCCACAGCCUCCUGCGUCGGCUUCCCCCAGACCCUCCGCGCCCAGAUCAUCGGCGUCUCGACAGCUUGUCCGGUCUCCGACAACGCUGUUCGGGGCGAGGGUGUCGACCAACCUCCAAGGUCGUCGCCCUCGUAGCCAUGUGAGGGCAAGGGGGCGUUUGGGGCGAGGUCGUCCAGGACGGCUGUUUGGCUCUCCCGCUGCCGCUGGAGGAAGGGUCGACGAGACCCCUUCGAAGUCAUCGGAGUCUUCGACUCGAGAAGGCGAGCAAGUCCAGGAGCAGGCCGCCGACACCACCGCCGCCGCCGACCCCAUCCCCCUCGUCCAGGAUGCUCCGGACACCACCAGCUCGUCCUUCAAGAGACCCGAGGACUUCGAGGACUUCGAAGAGUGGCUCAACUCUUCCCUUCCUCCCUCCGAUCUCGAUGGCACCGACCCGUUCUCCCAGCCCGUGGCUUCGGCUGCAGCUCAGCCGACCACCACCACCACCUCGAACGACCUUCCCGGCUUGCCAGACGACGACGAGACCAUGGCCCUCGGAGACCUUCUCGGUUCGGCUCUCGGAGAGAUGAGCCUGCGCGACGACGCCGAGGUUCGCUCGACCAGCGACCUCAUGGAUCUUGACUCCAACCAAGACCCCGAGGAGAGUACCGUCGGCCAGGAGCAGCUGGCAUCAGAGAUGGAGAUCGUCGUUGGUGACGACUCCGGAGAUGCUGGUCCCCUCCCUAGCCUCUCAUCUGAGAUGGACUGGGAGGAGGAGGAGGGCUUAGACAUCGCCAUGUGCGAUGUCGAAGCCCUCCCUGCACCACCGACGGCUCUCGCUCCAUCCACUCUCUCUCCGUCAACCGCUCUCACACCAUUCACGACUCCCGCUGCACCAACGACUCCUUUUCCCGCGCUGCCGCGAACGCCUCCUCCUGAGAACAGGAGGGCGAGCCCACCACAGCCGACAGCAGCCCCUCGGCGCUGGGAAGCCGAUGACGAAGAGAUGGGGGCAACAGGCCCCGAGCAGGAGGAGCUCGAUGAGCUCGAGAGAGACCUGAUCGCAGCGUUCGAAGAGAACGAUAGCAGCGAUGUGGAAACAGUCCUACAUGUUUCCCCAAGACCACCUCACCACACUCUACCCUCAACCAACGAUGACCAACCCCCUCUCGUUGAUCCAGCACUCUUCGCAAGCACUGUUACGACCGCGCCUCAGUCCUCAACCAACCAAGCCCCUGCAAACCCUGAUAAACCACAAGAAGCCAGCCAGGCAGAGAUGGCCAAGCGACACAUCUUGAAGCCCAGAUCUCGCCGGUCCAAGGACACAGGCAGCGCCCCUUCUCAGUCAAGACAGACAACACUACAGUCCGUUUCCGAGAACAAAGAACAGGAGCAAGAGCAAGCCGUGAUGGACAACACCGCUCAGAACCUCGUCCUGCUGGCAGGACUUACAGAUAUUCCCGUUGGUGACAGUACCCAACCCCAGCAAACAACUCCCGUUGCACCUCCGUCUGCAGUUCAAGAGACAACUGCCAGGUCCACAACAACUCGUGGCAAUAACCCUACACCUCCUCUCCAACCUCAACAGAACAUACCUACUUCCACCGCGGCGAACCAGCCUGCGCAUAUCCCAGCUGUUCAGAACGGCAGCUUGACCCUCCCAGGAGGCAACACUAUCACCAACGCGCCAACCCAGACAGCUCCUCGCCAACAGCAACAGAACGCAUCCAGUUCCACCGCCGCGAGUCAACCUGAGCAUGUUUCAUCUAUUCAGAAUGGCAGCUUGACCUUUUCAGGAGGCAACAUAACUACCAACGCGCCGACCCCUACACCUUCUCGCCAACAGCAGCAGAACAUACCUACUUCUACCACUGCGAAUAAGUCUGAGACUAUUCCAGCUAUCCAGAUGGGCGGCUUGACCCUCCCAGGAGGCAAUACUAUUAUUAACGCUCCCACACCUACACCUUCUCGCGAACAACAGCAAGACAUAACUACUUCCACCGCAGUGAGCCAACCUGGGCAUGUCCCAGCUAUCCACAUGGGCGGCUUGAUCCUCCCAGGAGGCAACAGAAUCGCCAACACGCCCACCCCUCCACCUCCUCCCCAACCUCAACCUACUUCCACCGGCACGAACCAGCCUGCGCAUGUCCCAGCUAUCCAUAUGGGAGGCUUGAUCCUUCCAGGAGGCAACAGUUCCAUCACCACGCCGACCCCGACUACUCAGCAGGAUGCUCCCAAGCCAAACCCUACCCCACAAGGUCUCCCGAGAAAGGGAUCCAUACUCUCAGACACCCUCAUCACCGAUUCUCCAGAGCAGAUGACACCAAGUCAGACACCUGGUAGACGCGAUUCGACCCCUGCCAGAACUCCCAAGGACCUCGGAGAGGCUGAACUCCAGAGGGCGCUCAGACGACAGCAGGCGAAGAAGGGAAAGAAACCUCAGCUGUUCCACUCCAAGAGAAGCAACGCAUCCUCAUCCGCGACGACUUCAUCUCCAACUACACCUAUCAGACAAGGAUCUACAGACCCCGCAAUGGAGGCAGAGUCUUCAGACGCCGCAGCGCAGAGACUACUGAGCGGGUCUAACUCUAAGAAGGUCACAGUUGUUCAAUCGUCAUCGGUGCCACAGCAUUUGCGAGAUCAGGAACGAGACCAUUACGAAUCUCAGAGAGAAUCUUUGAGGAGGAACGGCGAUCUAUGA